AUGAAGCUGAUGAUAUUCGUGUUUUUGGGAUGUCUCUUAUCCGUUGUGAAUUGUGAGAACUACACGGUAACGGAUGAAGUAUGGUUUGAUAUUGAGAUCAGAGAUUUCGACGGUGCGGGCGAUGAUUAUAGAGGGCGCUUUGUAAUCGGCUUGUUUGGUGACACAGUCCCUAUGACAGCAUUGAACUUUGCCUCCAUUGCCAAUGGCUACGAGAGGAAGAAGAAGAAGAUCCAAUACAAGGGAACACAUUUCCAUAGAAUUGUUCCAGAUUUUGUCAUCCAAGGAGGAGACACUACCCACGGGGAUGGACAAGGAGGUGAGGCUAUAUUCUGUCCUCAGUUUGUGGAUGAAAACUUUCACCUGAGCCACAAGGCUGCAGGUUACGUGUCCAUGGCUAACCACGGCCCUGACACCAACGGCUCGCAGUUUUUCAUCAUACUGAGUAAGGCAAGGUGGUUGGAUAAAAAACACGUGGUGUUUGGGAAAGUCGUGAAUGGCAUGGACGUUAUUCGAACCAUAGGAACUGUUGAGACGGAUGAGUUUUCGCAGCCAAAGAAACGGGUAAAGAUCAUAGACUGUGGCGCCGAUGAGGUGAAGAAAUACACACUGACCGAGGGGCAGACAUUAUCCGACCAGGAUAUAGAACGCUAA